GCAAGGAUACAAUUUCCAAGCUCCAAGGUAUUAGCCAUUUCCUGCCAAGCUGUUUAUAGGACUGACAUGAAGUUCAAGUUCAAAAGCUAUAUGUAAACAUUUCUAAUUUAUCACUCUGCAGCACCAAAAGAUCAGCUGGAUUGAUGGGCAACCCGCAUAUCUUAGUCAUACCAUAUCCGGCGCAAGGCCAUAUCAUUCCUCUUAUGGUGCUCUCUCAAUGCUUGGCCAGAAAUGGAUUCAGAAUCACAUUUGUGAACUCAGAGUCUAAUCAUCAGCUUAUCAGGAAUGCAUCCGCAUCAAAUGAUUAUUUAGAUAAUCAAAUACAUCUUGUUUCAAUUCCUGAUGGACUUCAAUCUUCAGAGGAUAGAAACAAGCCAGGGAAGUCAUCUGAAGCAAUCUUACGGGUCAUGCCAGGAAAAGUAGAAGAGCUUAUUGAAGAAAUCAAUUCAUCCGACAGUGAUAAGAUCAGUUGUGUUCUUGCUGAUCAGAGUAUUGGGUGGGCUUUGGAAAUUGCAGAAAAGAAGGGGAUUCGGCGAGCCGCCUUCUGUCCUGCAGCAGCUGCACAGUUGGUUUUGGGAUUUAGCAUCCCCAAGCUGAUUGAAGAGGGAAUCAUGGAUGAGCAUGGAACCCCAACAAAAGAGCAGAUAAUAAGGCUUUCACCAGCAAUGCCUGCCAUGAACACUGCCAAAUUUGUGUGGGCCUGUCUUGGCAACAAGGAAGCACAAAAGAAUAUAUUUGGAUUAAUGGUCAAGAACAACAAAGCAAUGAAGCUAACAGACUGGCUCCUCUGCAACUCAACUUAUGAACUUGAGCCUGAAGCGUUUAACUUGGCUCCACAAAUACUUCCAAUCGGCCCAAUUUCAGCAAGCAACAGACAAGAGGAUUCAGUAGGAAACUUCUGGUCAGAAGACUCAACUUGUCUGCAAUGGCUUGAUCAGCAACCGCAACAUUCUGUCAUCUAUGUUGCAUUCGGGAGUUUAACAAUUUUUCAUCCAACCCAGUUCCAAGAAUUGGCUAUAGGAUUGGAACUCUCUAACAGGCCAUUCCUUUGGGUUGUAAGACCAGAUACAAGUAAGGAGAAAAAUGAUGGCUUCCUCGAAGAAUUUCAAGAUAGAGUAGGCAAUCGCGGUAAGAUGGUGAGCUGGGCACCUCAACAGAAAGUUCUUGCUCAUCCAUCAGUUGCUUGUUUUGUGAGCCAUUGUGGUUGGAACUCGACCACUGAAGGUGUAAGCAAUGGAAUCCCUUUCUUGUGCUGGCCUUACUUUGCUGACCAGUUCCUUAACCAGAGCUACAUCUGUGAUAUUUGGAAGACUGGAUUAGGACUUAACAGAGAUCAGAAUGGAAUGAUCACGCGAGGAGAAGUCGUGAAUAAAUUGGAGAAGCUAUUGAGAACUGGGGAAUUUAAAACAAGAGCUUUGGAUCUCAAAGAAAUUGUGAUAAACAGUGUCAAAGAAAGUAGUGGUAGCUCUUACCAAAACUUCAAGAACUUUGUUAAAUGGAUGAAAGAAUAGGUAGUUUCUUCAAUGAAACAUCAUUCAGAUCAUUCAAGGGCCUUUUCUUUUCAAUUUUUUUCCCUUUUCUUUUGGGAGUUUUACAGAAAUAAUUUUGUAUUAAACGGAUACUUCCUGUUGUCAAUGGCAAGCAAGGUGUAGCUAGAAAAUAGGCAAGUUCCUUUUGUCGGUUUGCAUCCUGAACGGUUUCAUAAUUCCAAUUAGGAAAAAGGAUUUCAAUUUUUUUCUUUUUUUGAA